CGUGUCUUCAGAGGGGCUGCUGGAACCAGUGCUGCCGGGUCAGGGAGAGAGAGAGGACUGUCAGGAAGAGUGAGAGACACGGACACGAACCGGAGAGGAGUGCGUCAGCCUGGUGCGGUGGCAAGUCCCCGUUAAACGGGAGCUCGGGCUGCUACGACAGCUCCAGUGGCCGUGUGUUUGGUCGCUAGCUAUCCACCCGGUUGCUCUGACCAGGAACAGAAAAGCUAGCUGUUAGCAGCUUGGCUAGCCGGGGGAAGAGCGGUCGAGAUGAGGUUGAAAGUGGGAUUUAUCCUGCGGAGCUUAAUUGUGGUCGGGACGUUCCUGGGCUUGGUGGUGCUCUGGUCGUCUCUGUCUCCGAAACCCAACGACGACAGCCCUUUUGGAAAGCGGGAUGACAGUUUUCUACCCAGAGGAGAGAUGGCAGAGCAGUUUAAGCCCGUGGUGCCCUGGCCUCAUGUGGAGGGGGUGGAGGUGGACCUCAACUCAAUCAGACUCAAGCAUGGAGGAGCCAACCAGCCCCAGGACCCCAACCAGAACGCCAACCAGCAGCCCAACCAGAAGCAGGUGAUCCAGCAGCAGUAUGUGACAUUCAAACCCCACUCUAACCCCUACAUCUCCCCUGUACUGAAGAAAGGAAUAUUGGGAAACUUUGAGCCCAAGGAGCCUGAGCCCCCGGGGGUCCCUGGGGGUCCCGGGGAGGGCGCCAAGCCUUUUGUCCUGGGACCGGAGUACAAAGAUGCCGUCCAGGCUUCCAUCAAAGAGUUUGGCUUCAACAUGGUGGCCAGUGACAUGAUCUCACUGGACAGGACCAUCAGUGACAUACGCCACGAAGAAUGUAAAUACUGGCAUUACGACGACAGGCUGCUGACCUCCAGCGUAGUGAUUGUCUUCCAUAACGAAGGCUGGUCAACACUGAUGAGGACCGUCCACAGCGUUAUUAAGAGGACGCCAAGGAAAUACCUGGCUGAGAUAGUCAUGAUAGAUGACUUCAGCAACAAAGUCCAUCUUAAGGAGCGUUUGGAGGAUUACAUCAAACAGUGGAACGGUCUGGUCAAACUUUUCAGAAAUGACAAGAGAGAAGGACUCAUCCAAGCCAGGAGUAUCGGAGCCAAGAAGGCCACUAAAGGACAGGUACUGAUCUACCUGGAUGCUCAUUGUGAGGUUGGAAUCAACUGGUAUGCUCCUUUGGUGGCUCCUAUUUCAAAAGACAGGACAGUGUGCACGGUACCACUGAUAGACUAUAUAGAUGGUAAUGAGUACAGUGUGGAGGCCCAGCAGGGCGGGGAUGAGGACGGCCUGGCUAGAGGAGCGUGGGAUUGGAGCCUGCUGUGGAAGAGAGUACCACUUAGCAACAAAGAGAAGGCCAAGAGAACACACACCACCCAGCCUUACCGGUCUCCAGCGAUGGCAGGGGGUCUGUUUGCUAUAGAGAGAGACUUCUUCUUUGAGCUGGGUCUUUACGACCCUGGACUGCAGAUAUGGGGAGGAGAGAAUUUUGAAAUAUCAUACAAGAUCUGGCAGUGUGGCGGCCAGCUGCUCUUUGUACCGUGCUCUCGUGUCGGCCAUAUCUACCGAUUGCAGGGGUGGCAAGGCAACCCUCCACCUGCACAUGUUGGAUCAUCACCUACACUGAAGAACUAUGUUCGUGUUGUGGAGGUCUGGUGGGAUGACUACAAGGACUACUUCUAUGCUAGUCGUCCUGAAACCCUAACAUUAGCCUAUGGGGAUAUCAGCGAGCUCAAACGCUUCAGAGAGGAACAUCGAUGUAAGAGCUUCAAAUGGUUCAUGGAGGAAAUUGCCUAUGACAUUCCACUCCACUAUCCUCUGCCACCUAAAAAUGUAGAGUGGGGGGAGAUUCGGGGUUUUGAGACCAGUUACUGUAUUGACAGUAUGGGACACACAAAUGGUGGCAACGUGGAGAUAGGACCCUGCCACCGGAUGGGUGGCAAUCAGUUGUUCCGUAUCAAUGAGGCCAACCAGUUGAUGCAGUACGACCAGUGCUUGACCAGGGGAUCUGAUAACUCAGCUGUCAUCAUUACUCACUGUGACCUGAACCAGCACACUGAAUGGAAAUACUUCAAGGAGCUGCAUCGGUUCACUCAUGUGCCAACAGGGAAAUGUCUGGACCGCUCGGAUCUGCUCCAUAAAGUUUUCAUCUCGGACUGCGACACCAGUAAAACCACGCAGAAAUGGGAGAUGAACAAUAUCGUGGCUGUAUGAAGACCGGAACGCCGCAGCACAAAUCAAACCACUCCGAGUGUGGAGAAGAACAUGGUGGCCGUAUGAGGAUAUAUACACUGACAAAUAGACUAAUAAAUCCAUCCAUACAGGGGUUAGACCAAUAUGUUGCCAACGUAUGAAGCUGAUAUUGGCGUGUUAUUCAAAAUCAGACAUGAUGGAGGUGGAUGAUGAAUACUCUGCAGCUUCAGGAGUGUCAGUCUCUUAAACAUGCCAUGAAUUGUGGGUCUGGUGGAGACCAGUGCCCCGUGACGGUCUAAAUGCUUUUUGAAAACCUUUUCCACCAGGACAAGAAAGAUGAUCUAGUUAUGAUCUUUCUAAUUCUUUGGCAAGGAAUUAAUCCAAGUUAAACACCAAUAUGGGUCUUAAAAACCCAGUAUGAUUCGGUCAAACCCUAAUCCAUAAAGAUGUAGAGGCACAUCUGCACUCCAGAUGCCAGAGCCACUGGUUGGUAACUGUGAACUGGAAACCAGUCGGACUCCUCCUCACUGACUUGACUGUGUGUCGUUGCUGGUGACUGUGUUUACAUGGCAUCUCUCUGUCUGUCUCUCUCUUUCUCUCCAUUGUUUCUUUUGGUCUCUCAGGUCUUUUCUAAACCAGUCAGUUGAUUUAGGGAUUAAUCAAUCACAUUGGCUCUUUCAGUAUUUAACAGCCAUGCUAUUAUAAGGAAUUUUCAAUCAGUUGUUAGCCAGUGUUAGCUCAUUUACCAAAGAGUCCUUUUUACCAGUGGAGGAUUCGCUCAUUAUCUUUGUGUUCAACCAAUCAGACUACUUUUCUUCAUGAUCUGUGCAGUGGCUAGCAUGACGCUGACUUUUGCCUGGCUUAAAAGCAACAGUUCACCCCAAAAAUGAAAGUUCAGCCAGUAUGCGGUCAUGUCAGCCGAAGCUCCGCUGAAUGCGUCAUGGUAAAAUACAGGAUCGAGUUUCCUCGGCACAUACUCAGCAGCCUGAAGGAGACACCUUGACAUUUUCAAUCUGACUCGUUUUUCUUGCUUGCCACGAGAUGACAAGUUAUGAUUGUUAGUGUCUCUUAUUUAAAUCAGCAGCCAGCACCCUCUUGAGGCCUCUCGAGCUUGUGAUAGGAAUGUCGAAGGCUGACUUUUUUGGGGUUAAAAGAAAUGCCAAAGCAGACGGGUUUUUCUGCAACCCUGUGACAAAGACCUGGCCAAGAAAAAUAUUGGAAAUGUAAAAGGUGUCCCUUGAGGUUAAACUUCCAGCGGAGGACCAAACAAGCACUCUUUUUGUCGUCCUGUGGUAAAACCGUGCGUAGACUCCAUCAGUUCCAUUCCCAGCGCGCCCUUUGUUUGAAACCUUGUGUUUUUUGUGUCCCUCCCUGAAUCAAUUUCACUCGACUGCAGAAACAUAAUGGCACAAGCAACAGCGACUCAUUCACUGCUUAUGUUGAAUAACCACUCGGCACUGAAGUUGCCUCAGUUCCACUGGUGUCGGAUGACAUCAAAGUUUCGCUGACUGACAUUUACCUCUAUCAGAUCCCACCGGCCUCAGUUCAUCCUCAUGGACUUCACAGACGCGAGCUGCACGGAAAUCAGUCCCAUCCUAACACUGACCGCUUCUUGAGAAACUGAACUGUUGUUUGUGGAGAGCACAAAGGAAAACUGACAGAGUUACUAACUGCCUGCCUUACUGACCGUCUUAUCAACUCCUUCAGUAGCUGACCAACUGACUGUGACUCAUUAACUGCCUGACUGACUGACAGGAUGAAAAGGAAAAUCAAAUCAAAACAAAGGGGUGUUGGGAUUUUUAUGAAUUUUCUCAAAGGUGGGGCAGGAUGUAUGAAUAUGAAUUUUGGUGGGGGGAAAAAAAAACAACAAAUGAAGAAAAUGUGACUUUUUUUGUUUGUUUUCUGCCAGGGAAUCUGAUGUGGUGUAUGGAUGAUCAUGUAUGCAAUGUUUUGUAUGAUGUAAAUAGAUUUCUUAAGAUGAUAAUGAGCAUUUUGUGAAGGGCCUGGACUGAUGUAAAUAUCUAAGUUAUCGCAGAGAUUUAAUUAUAUGGGCUGAACAGUGGGAGACCCAGGAAAUAAAAAAAACCCUGCUUUUUA